AUGUGGGCAAUCAAACAAUGUGGAGCUGCGUUUGCAACUCUACUAUUACUAGAGUCCGUCGCGGCUACAGAGCAGAAACCGCUACUAGGCAAUGAUGCAUCGCAGGGAACAACCGACAACUUUGCCGCAUCUGCAUCUGCAUGGAGGCUCAAUUUUUCUUCCACGGCACCAUACCUGUUCUCAUCUGUCUCGUCACUGUUGCAACAAUGGGGAAAUACAUUCUUCCCCAACGGUCACAAUAUUGUGCCGUGCGAGAUUCCGGCUUACACUCUAUUCUACCACGGCCGGUUAGAUGGCGAUCAACCUCCCAGUCCAGAAUGGCUUGCCUUUGACAUAGAAAUGUCGUAUGGAAUCAUGGGGAGCACAAGAAACUCCCACAUGCUUACCUAUCAGACGACCAAGCCUGUCAAGGCAUUAUACUUUGACGGCGAGUCGGCCACACUGAUGGGUAUGGGGCAAAUGGAUACGCAGAUGCUUCACGUAUUUGGUAACAUCUCGGGUCCGCCUCACGACGGCUGGGGACUGUACCUUGAAUACGCCCGUGCUACCGGGCUCUGCGACUGGCUCGAGUCGGCUGGACUCAGAGGAGAUGGAUGGGGUUAUGAGGGUAUCAUUCGAAUGAAUGCCGGCUUCGAGAUGAUUUGGUGUGAUUUCACAAGUCCGAGCCUUCGGCUUCUGACACACCUCAACGUCACGGCGCCUCAACUCCCCAAGGAAAAAGAUAAUGAUCGGAUAGCUGCCAGGAAAGCAGAGUCGCAGGAAAGUUCAUACUAUCCCCUGCCGCCGUUGCCAACCCGAACCGAUCAUUCGACAGAUCCCACAGACCCGCCGAGACCACCAAACUGGCGAUGGGAGAUUGACCGAGAACCAUUUCUCAGGUCACAGGGCUGGGGCUGGUUCUCCAGCGCUACAUACCAUUACGGGAAGUCGAGACAGGGCCCUGGUCUUGGCGAGGUACGGGCAAAAGCUAGCAACUGUGGCAUCAUGUCAUACUACUCACCACGAUUCGCCAACUUGACCCGCGUCCGGGCCGAGGGAGAGCAAGAGCUAUACAACUUGACGGCCCAGGGAUACUGGAAAGGUGAAGGCCCAGAGGGAAAUAGAACAACGGGCCUAGCUGACCUGAGAAGACGUCGACGCUACCACCAUCUCGGAGACGUAACAAGCGAAGAGGCUCUGUUGAUGCGCAACAACUCUCAGCAUGCCUUGAAGAACUUGCUAAAGGGCAGCAAUGACUGCUCGGGGGCUGAUUGGGUCUACAUCAGCAAUGAAAUAACCCAGAACACUGGAAUCCACCUCAAAGAAAUGACACAACUUUUGGACUCGUUCUCUCAGCAUGCAGACAAUGAGACGGCCAUCGAGUCGUGGAUGUCCACUAUGCGAGCUCAAAGUCAUUCCUUUUAUGUCGCAUUUCUCGAGUACCCAUCGUCUUCUGACUCGAGCGAUUGGACAGUUGAGUCUCGACUAUACUCCCAGACUUAUGCACGGUGUCGUUACCGAUAUACUCGUUUAUUAGCUCCCAUUGAAGGCUUCGAGCUCACUCCCGAAGAGGAGGAUCUGCGCUGGGCCAUCGAAGAAACUUAUGGUGCAAUAUGUUCCGUCUUGUUGACCAUUGGUUUCCAGAUCGAGGGUCUCUGGGCUGAAGACUUCAAUAAAGCUGAUAGAAACUUGCCUUCGCCCGCGGUAUUCCAGGAACGCUACACACAGGUUGCUCGCACCUGGAACGAUGGCCUCCAAGAGCUCAUGGCCUGGUUGGGCUGGGAAGAUGAGUUCACAGGGUGCUCUGAAGUCUGCCAAUGGGACGAGCGCUGCUAUAUUCCAAUGUGGCCGUUGAUGGCAUUGGGAGGCCCUGGAGGACCUCGUCCCCCUCGAAGAGGCAACGGGACAUUCCCGGGUCCACAUUAUCCACCACACGGCGGCUAUGGUGGUUACGGCCCGUAUGGCGGUCCACCUCAUCGGGGCCCCAGUCCACCGGGUGGAGGUCCGGACCGAAAUCGACCCAGGGGCGGUGGCUCGUGGUUCAUGGGAGACGAAACAGAAUUAUGGGAGCCAACGUGUGCCAAAGCAACGCAUUUUAUGCGAUCUUAA